CUUUAAAAGCCCGGUUGUGGAUAAGUUUAUGCAAGCAAUGGGAAAUAUUCACAGCUAUUCCAAUAACGGAGACAUAUUUAGUUUUCUGAGGGAUUCGUAUCCUUUACCUAAAGGUCUAAAACAACCAUACAACGAGUAUGACUUUGUAAUCGUCGGCGCUGGCUCAGCCGGCUGUGCCUUAGCAUCAAAAUUAACAGAAAACCGAAACACAACCGUAUUACUCAUUGAAGCUGGAAAACCGGAAAUGCUAUUGACAGACGUACCGGCAUUGGCACCGUAUUUUCAAGAAACAGAUUAUGUUUGGCAGUACUACAUGGAACCUCAGCCUGGAGUGUGUAUGGGUAUGAUUGAUCAGAAGUGUUUUUGGCCCCGUGGGAAAGCUAUCGGAGGCACGAGUGUUAUAAACUAUAUGAUCUACACUCGCGGCAGGAAACAGGAUUGGGAUCGUAUCGCCGCGGAUGGAAAUUAUGGAUGGUCAUAUGAUGACGUACUGAAGUAUUACAUACAGAUGGAAAAAUCUGAUCUCAAAGGUUACGAAAAACAACCACAUCGAGGUCGGAACGGUGAUAUGCCAGUGGAAUUUGUACCAAUACAGACUAAAUUGUCUGAUGCAUUUCUAAAAGCUGGUAGAAUACUUAACCAUCCCACAGUGGAUUAUAACGCCCCAGAACAACUUGGCUUCGGAAGAGUGCAGACCACUACGAGUCGAGGGCAUAGAUACAGUGCCGCUAAAGUAUUUCUUCAUCGUCAUAAAAACAGACCUAAUCUUCAUAUUUUACAAAACAGCAUAGCAACACAAGUUUUAAUAGAUCCACGAACAAAAGACGCCUAUGGUGUCGAAUACGUGCGUGACAAUCUUCUUUACACAGUCUUGGCGCGGAAAGAAGUUAUCAUAUCGGCAGGACCUAUUGCUUCACCACAACUUUUAAUGUUAUCAGGUGUUGGACCAGCUAGUCAUCUUAAAUCUCUAGGAAUUACUGUAAUACAAAAUCUUCCUGUCGGUCAAAAACUUUUUGACCAUAUCUGCUUCCCUGGAUUAGUAUUCACUCUAAAUGAAACAAGAAUAAGCUUAAUUGAAAAUAGAGAUAUAGAUUUACCCACUGUAAUACAAUGGCUGCAUAACGGCGAUAAUAUAAUUGCAUCGCCCGGUGGUGUAGAGAAUAUCGGUUACAUAAAAACAUCCGUAUCCGAUGACCCCGAUCCUUUAGUCCCAGACAUAGAGUUAAUCGGUAUAGGAGGAUCAAUACUAUCCGAUGGAGGCCCUGGUGCAAGCAAAGCUGUCCGUAGAGGCAUGAAAAUUAAAAACAAACUUUUCGAUGAGGCAUAUGGAACGAUAGACGGCACAGAUACAUGGAGUGUUUUUCCGCUUUUGCUACAUCCUAAAUCAUUCGGUCGCCUCGAAUUAAAGGACAACAACCCUUUUAAUCACCCCCGUAUGUAUGGCAAUUAUCUAAAAGAACCGAGUGACGUAGCGAGUUUUGUCGCAGCCAUUCGGCAUGUACAGGCAUUGGCAGCAACUGCUCCUUUCCAGCGAUUGGGUGCAAAAAUUCACCGAGCCAAAUACAAAACAUGUAAAAACUAUAAAUUUGAUUCUGAUGAAUAUUGGGAAUGUGCUGUACGUACUAUUACGGCCACGCUGCAUCAUCAAAUAGCAACGUGUCGAAUGGGGCCUGAUGGUGACCCAGAAGCUGUAACAGAUCCAGAACUAAGAGUUCGCGGUGUGAAUAAUUUACGUGUUGUAGAUAGCAGUGUUAUUCCCCGAACUAUAUCUGCCCAUACAAAUGCCCCAGCUAUUAUGAUAGGUCUUAAGGCAGCGGACUUAAUAAAAUUUACAUGGAACUUAAAGUAAUGAAAUUAAGACUGAAAUAUUGAUAUCAAGUUAUUUUUAUUAAAUAUUUUAAAUGUAGAAACA